GGUCCCUCACACCACAGAUGGACUCAUGUCAAGUUGCGUGCAUUAAAGUAAUCCUGCUAAAGUAAUGACACACCCGUCUUUCAACUCGUGUGUUGAAACCCUCUAACUGUAGCAACCAACACACUCCACAGGCAGGAGGCCCCGGACCUCAGUCCUCAGCCUGCAGCCUUCAGACGGAGCAACAUGGAGACGUUUGCCCCCAAACUCAGCGAAGCUCUGCUGACACCUGAUCCACAUUAUAUUCCGGGGUAUUCAGGGUAUUGCCCACAGCUGAAGUUUCACAUGGGGAAGACUUACAGCCAGCACACGGCCGAGCUGCUGAGCAGUCCUGAUGUGAAACACUCCAGUCGCCUGGUCCUCCACACGGCUCCGUCUCCUUCCACUGACACAGCUGCUCUGACACUGAGAGGCAUCCCCAACGGUAACCUGAAGAAGGUGAUACCUGGAUACACAGGUUUCAUCCCGAGGAGUCAGAACUACUUUUCCCGCAGCUUCUCUGACGUCUGUUUUAAAGCUCAGGCCGAGUUUCACCAGGAAAGAGAAGCGAGGAACCUAGAGCGGUCAACAGAGCUGCCGCUUGUUUUCACCUCCACCAACCGACAGUUUGAAAGACCAAAACGCUCCCUGACAGCCAACAAGGUGGUCUCCUUCAAGCCGUCCUACACCCCCGUCACCAUUUCACCGUAUUCAAUGGACGAUGAUAACCAGCACAAGCACUUUAUUUCAGGUUUUACAGGGCACGUGCCAAAGUCCCGUUUCUUGAUGGGUAAAGGUUACCCCAUCAUCACCAAAGAGGCACUGAUCAAGUUUGGAAAGGAGCAGCGCAGUGACUCCACGUCCCCGGAGACCCUGAGGAAGGACAGUACAACUCCUCCCAUCCAAACCAUCUACCAAUCAAAAAGCGGUGUGGUGCCAUCAUUCACGGGACACAUCCCAGGAAACAAGUUCAUGUUCGGACACACAUUUGGUCAGAUUUCCCGGGAAGCGCUGGAAAGGUUCCGCAUCGAGAGGCUCCUUCGAGAAAAGUCCUAAAACUGUCAAACACUUACUUCUAAUGAUCAUAACUGACGUGAUGGAAAUCUAAGAAUUCACAUUUACACAAGAGCAUCUCAAGGCCCCAGGCAAAAGGGACCUGUGGGGCCCUACAUCAAACCAAACCAGGCCUAACAAGAAACACUUUAUACAUGACAGACAUUCUCGUCAUCAACCAAACCUACAUUCAAACACAAAUAAACUGCAUACAAGAAGAAGACAGGUAAAUAUAUUAGGUCUUUAUUAACAGAGUUUGAUUGUCACUGGGCAUUAGAGGAAGCAUUCAGAGGCUGAGGAGAAAAUACUGUGGUUUAAUAUCACAGACUUCACAUUACUCAAUACAGGGAACAUAUUUUGUUACUUCUUAUCCAACUAUCAGUCUAUCAAAAUAUAGCUUACACACAUUUAGGUACCUGAAACAGCCGGACAAAGGCUUACAGUUGUGUAACUGAACAAACCUCACAUGAACACACUCAUUAUAACAAACUAUUGCACACACUUGCAAUUCUAGUGCCAGAAAUGUUUCCAGAAGCUCAUUCUACGGCUAUAAAUACAUUUACAAGAGAAAAAGAAAACAGAAACCAAGAAACACCUAUAGCAGCCGACUGCAUGUUUUUCCACUCUUGCACCUAAGGUAAAUCCAUGCUUGGAAAUUUGCUAAAAAAAACAAGUUGAUAAAAAUCACUGACAUUACAAGAGGUUGGCGUGUGGCACAUUUACCACUUUAACAGUGUAUUGCUUUCUUUCUUUGUUUUUAGACGAUCAAUAAGAGGAAGGAUAGAGACUGACAGUGUAAUAUGGGAAAUUGAUGAUUUUGUACCACGUUAAUGUUUAACAGUCUACUUUGGGUCAUUAUUCACAUUUUAUGAUUGAUUUUUGCCCUAAAGGAAAACAGAUUAGAGUAACAGAUGUGACUACUUACAGUUCUUCCAGGUGCAAACUGAGGCUUUGGCUCUCGUUCAUCAGGAGGUUGAAACUUUUGUUACUACAGUAAAUAUGCCUUCACCCAUAGGGGGCGUAGUCUUCAGUAGUCCUUGGUCUUGUUUAUCUGUGCUGCUACUAUUUUCAUUGACUUUAUGGAUUGAGCCAACAGUCCAAGCUGCGAUCUGUCCAAAUGGAGCCAAUGGGAUGGUCGCCUGAAAUCAAUCACACGGAAACGUCAUGAAAACAUUGUCAAAC